UUUAUGACUGGGACUCGCCUUUCUGAGCCACCGAGCGCCCCCUUCAGGACAUAAAAAAUAAUCACAUGUAAAAGUGCAAAAGCCGAUCUGUUGAUGAUUUCAGUUCACUGACCAAACCUCUUAACAACGAAAUCAGCUACCGCUUCAGGGGCAGUUUCCACCUUGAAUACAUCACACAGUACUGUACAGCCUCGACAGGGCUCUUGAUCACACAAGCAUAAAGAACACGGGAAGGCACGAAGGGGCUUUUGAAGAAGAUAUGUCUGAGAAGGACCCUAAAACAUCUCAGGACCUGACUUUUGUGGUACAGACCUUGCUGCAGCAGAUGCAGGACAAGUUCCAGACCAUGUCAGACCAGAUUAUUGGGCGAAAUAUCCUUCCAGAUGUGCACGUGUUUAUCACUGUAAUUCAUUUAGCACCUAAUUGUAGAUUAAUUGAGUGGAAUCGAAACCUUAAUUUAUUAGAAGAGAAGUCAUGCUUCCUAAAUGCUUCCCUUUGUGAUGGUAGCUUAUUCAAAAUGUGUUUUCUCUUAAUUCAAAUACUUGAUGAAAUGAGUACGCGAAUUGAUGACUUGGAGAAGAACAUCUCUGAUCUCAUGAGUCAGGCAGGUGUGGAGGAGUCAGAGGAGGAGAUAAAAGUCACUGAGACCUCUGGAACAGCUUGAAGGCAAAGACCAACACCAUCCUAACUGCCAAGGAACACAGUGAGGACCUUCUACUGCAGUAUCAGAAUUUUUAAAUGAAAUGUGAAUUAAUCCUUUUUUAAGUAAUUCAUUAAAAAUGGUGCUUGCCUAUGUGUAUUACAUG